CCCUCUCUGUCAAUCCCUCCACUGGCUUCCAAUCAGUGUCCUCCACCCCUCUCUGCCAAUCCCUCCACUGACCUCCAUUCAUGUCCUCCAUCCCUCUCUGCCAAUCUCUCCACUGACCUCCACUCAGUGUCCUCCACCCCUCUCUGCCAGUCCCUCCACUGGCCUCCACUCAGUGUCCUCCAUCCCUCUCUGCCAAUCUCUCCACUGACCUCCACUCAUCCCUCCUUUGGCCUCCAUUCAGUGUCCUCCAUCCCUCUCUGCCAAUCCCUCCACUGGCCUCCAUUCAGUGUCCUCCAUCCCUCUCUGCCAAUGCCUCCACUCAGUGCCCUCCAUCCCUCUCUGCCAAUCCCUCCACUGACCUCUACUCAGUGUCCUCCACCCCUCUCUGCCAAUCCCUCCACUGACCUCCACCCCUCUCUGCCAAUUCCUCCACUGGCUUCCACUCAGUGUCCUCCAUCCCUCUCUGCCAGUCCCUCCACUGGC